AUGGGCUUUCAAUUAAUUUAUGAAUAUGAUUUUCCCGAUGCCAUAAAUAAUUAUUUAAAAGAGAGAGGAAAUGAAGCAAUUGAUUUAAUGCAGAAAAUGGAUGCUUUGGAGAUUUUGGACAAAAACAAAUUUUCUGAAGCAGAUGAGGAAGAAUUUGGACCGGCAAUUACUAAAUUGAAGAGUGGAAACGAGGAAAGAGUGGGCACAAUUUCAAAAAGUGAAUGGGAAGUAAUUACAAUGUAUAAAGUUUUUGCUUUUCAAAAGUUAUCUGUUCCAAAUGAAACCAUAGAUGGAUCAAAAUCUUGA